AUGAAGCGACACUAUUACGUGCAGAAAAUGAAUAGCCAAGAAAAGUUGGGUGAAGAAUCGGCCGGCAUGGAUACGACCGGCAUCUAUACGAUCACUGUGCCACGGGUGGAAGUGGCUGUACCGGGUGGUACCGAACCCAUCACCGGGAUGCGCACGCCAAGUGCUACGUUUGUGUCGAUUCUGCAGCGACCGCCGAAGACCGUCGUUGACUUCGGGACGGUCAAUAUUUACCAGCAGCCCCAUAGUGGGGUGAAGGUAGGUCGCAGCGGUACCGUACCCGACGGUAAGAUGCUCGAUCCGUCCUUCGAUGAUAACAGCGAUAACAGCAGCAAUCUCAGUGUGACCGCGAACGACGAGGACAGUGAUAUAAUAUCUGAGUAUAUCGGUCACUACGGUCGGUGGCAGUUUGGGUGGACGUUCUUACUGUGUCUGUUCCAGAUACCGACCACGUUUCACAUCUUCUGUCUGGUGUUUCAGGCGGCUGCCCGAGACUUUUGGUGUGCCCGACCGGAACAUUUAACCUCCGUGCCGUUGGAGUUGUGGCGCAACCUCACGCAAACGACCACCGCCAACCAGUGCAGUGUUCGGGCGGCACCGUACGAACAUCUGACGGUGGACAGCAUUCUCGAGUACUUCCAAGGGGUGGAGAAUGGAAGCGAUAGUGAGCGCAUUGGAUGCAGUGCGUACGAGUACGAUGAUACGAUCUACGGGCAAACGAUCAUAGCCGAGUUUGGGCUCGUCUGCGAUCGCGGCCAUCUGAUGAGCAUCGUGGAGAUGUGCUUUCUGGCCGGGGCUGCUCUCGGCAGUGUGGGCAGUGGAUGGAUUUCGGACCAGUUCGGCCGAAGGCACACGCUGAUGGGAUUCGCACUGAUACAGGGUGUUACAGGUAUCGCGCUCGGGUUCGUGACGUCGCUCGAGCUGUACAUGGGACUGCGGGUAGUGAUCGGUUUCGCCUCGAUGUCGGUCGCCGUGGUCAGCUUCGUGCUGGUGGUGGAACUGGUGAGCGGCCGGUACCGCACAAUCAUCGGCAUCCUCAACAUACUUCCGGUGGCCUUGGCCUACAUCCUGGCAGCAGGUAUCGCUUACGUGGCGCGCGACUGGCGCACGAUGCAGUUCGCCAUCACGGUGCCCGGUCUGCUGCUCGUCACCAGCUGGUACUGGUGUCCAGAAUCACCCCGCUGGCUGCUGGCCAAGGGACGGCUCGAUGAGCUCUGCCAGCUGUUGGAGCGAGCCGCUACCACCAACAAUCUACAGCUGCCCGCAAACUACCGGAAGGCGCUAACAGUGGAAUCGGGCACGGAAUCGGGCGGCGCACCGGAAGCAGCCGUCUCGGUCGGUGACGUAUUCCGCCGGAAGUACAUUCGCACCACGCUCGUCAUGAUCGUCGUGUGGUUCGGCAUCAUACUGAUCUACUUUGGCAUUACGCUGCAUCUGAGCAAUCUUGGAGGCGACAUCUAUCUGAACACGGUCAUUGCCGGUUCGGUCGAAUCGAUUGCCAUCUGUCUCAGCAUCGUGGUCGUGCUGAAGCUCGGAUUACGGAUUAAUUUAUUCCUCUACAUGGUCGUCGCUGGAUUGUCCUGCAUCGUGAUGAACUUCGUGCCGGAUGGUAACCUCUGGCUGAUAAUUACGCUGGCGAUGAUCGUCAAGUGCUGUGUUGGAGCGUGUAAUGCCAUCAUACCGACGUUUACCGCGUACCAGUACCCGACCACCAUGCGCAACCUUGGUGUUGGGGUGGGAAAUUUUGCUGCCGGCGUGGCGCUUAUCAUUGUACCGUACCUGUGGCUGCUGGAACACAUUGAUCAGUACCUGCCGAUGACGAUCAUGGGAGUGUUCAGUAUUAUUGGUGCCCUUUCGCUCGCUAUCCUGAAGGACAAACUAAGCCAAAAGUAUCGCCAACGAAAGGCGGCAAAACAAGCAUCGAUCUAUCAGAAUACAACCGCCAUCGCUCACGAAAAACAGCAUGCUGCGAUGGAAGCUGACAGUUCAAAACGGCGCAUUGGCACUCAGUAUCCGUACGACGCUGAAGAACCGGCCGGAAUCAGCAACAUAGGAUUUGCACAAAACGAAAGCAUCUUCCUGUAA